AUGCUCACUCCCGUCGCAAAAUUCAAGACCGCAUGCUGGACUUGCCGGAAACGCAAGAUCAAGUGUGCCAAGAUCCAGCCCUGCCGCAACUGUACCAUCGCAGGCAUUGCCUGCUCCUAUCCUCCCCAGGUCCGGACAGUCCGGAGGCCUAAGAAGGCAACGUCCCGUUCUGUCAGCAAUGACAAGAGUGGUGCCGACAUAUUUGACCGGGUUGGUCGUCUCGAGGCGCUCCUGAACGACCGCCCCCAGUUUCCGCAGAUGGACGGGGUUGGGGACGGUGUUUUCGACCCACAGAAGUUCCCCUACGAACAGCUACAAGAUCAGGCUGGCGGAACUCACGGCAUGACGCCAACAAGUGCCAGCGGCCAGCCUCAUCCAUCACCUUCUUCUACUAAUGCGUCUGCAUCACAUCAGGAAGAUACGGACGAAGACCAGGAUGAGGAUGACGAGUAUUGGAAGAAGCUCGAGGAAGAGUGUGCUGGCAAGGUUUUCCUCAAAACCCCGACCUCCGUCGGUGGGACUAUGGCUUCUUCGUUCCACGUCUCGUCAUUCGAUAAGCCAAAGCCAGAGAGUAGCCCAAACGGCUUUCCACUCAAUCUCUCGCCCACGACUUUGCGUGCUCCGCUGCUGAGCGUUACACAGCGGCGGGUCUGCUUGCAUAGAUACCUCGAGAACGUUGAUCCCAUCCUCAAGAUCCUCCAUAAGCCGGCCUUGGAGAAUCUGAUGUCAAUGAGUGACAGGAACACUCCAAUGUUAUGUGCCUCCGCAAGGGUGUUAAUCCAGGCAGUCUGCUUAUUGUCCAUUACUUCGAUGUCGGAAGAGGAGGUCUUGGUCAACUUCGAAAACGACAAGCAGUGGAUGCUAGAGAAAUGCGCGGCUUCGACGGAGCAGGCGCUCGUGGAGGCGAACUUCCUCGUCGCGGACGACUUGCGCACGUUGCAAGCCCUCCUGCUCUUCCUGUACUAUCUGAGAUAUAAAGGAGAUCCGAGGCUCAACGCCCUAUCUGGCGCGACCAUCAGCCUGGCCAGCCAGAUGAAGCUCAAUCGCGACGGUACCGCGUUAGGACUCUCGCGCCUCGAGGUCGAGUUACGUAGGCGUCUGUGGUGGCAGUUGGUCAACCUCGUCGACCAUCCUGACAACUCCACGCUUGGAUGCUCGCCGCUAAGCGGUAUCGCUGCCGACACCGAGCUGCCAUCAAACAUUAACGAUUUCGAGCUCGAGCGCCAGGAUGCGCCUUUGGGCGAAAAGCAUGGUGGUUUUACAGACUUCAGCUUCUGCCUGAUGCAAUACGAAAUCACCCGCGCAUUCAACCAAAUUAAAUCAGAGAGUAGUGCCCACCGGGAUGCGAAUGCUUGUGGCGCUGAAAAGCGUCUACAUUCGGUUCGUGAGAUUCUCGAGUUGAAAUAUUUUCGGGACGAGACAACAGAUCUCCCCAUUAGAAGGUUUGCCGCCGACGUAGUCGCCAUGAUCCUGGCCAAGCGUCGUAUCCUGAUGUACAUCUCACUGGACGAGGAAAAUGGUGGCGGUAGUCUGCCGCCCAGAACCAGAGACCAUCUAUUCCUACUCGCGCUGGCGUUGGCUUAG